AUGACAUCCUCAACAGAACGAAAUAAUUGUGCCAGGGAACUUAAUGCUAUUGUAAUGGGGCGUAAUGAGUCUUUAGAAAACUUUAUUGAUAGGUUUAACAGCCUUCGUCGUAGAGCGGUAGAUCAAGUAUUACCCGAGUCUUUACUAGCCGAGAACUUUUUAUGUGCUUUACCUGACGUGUUAUCAAGCCAAGUUUCUAUCGCUCACUUUACCCGAAAAUCUGUACCAUUUUUGGAAUCUGCUCCCCGUGCCCCUAAACGUCCUGUUACAAGUAUCAACCAAGAUGAUGAAUUCCAUCAAUCUUCUAGAUUGUCUAGACAUGCCAGCGUUACUGAAGCCAUUAUUCCAUCGUAUCCUACGCAUACGCGUCCUGUUGUUCCUAUUCGACAAGCGAAGGCAAGAAUUGAUAAAUACUGUACGUUCCGUCGGGCUCAUACCCACAAGACUUCAGAGUGUAGAGCUGCCAAUGCUAAUAACAAUACUUUACCUGAUCAUGCACCUACUGAUAAAGAGUGCUAUACUUGUGGAGUCUUUGGUUGGUCUCGUAGUCAUAUAUGUAACACAUCAAGAAGAAACGAUACUACCGGUGAUGAAUCACCUCGCGACUAUCAUCUGGGCGCCAUGAAUUUCGGUCCUGGUCGAGCCAAUAAUAACUAUAUUGCAGAUGCUGUUGCCACCGCUGAGUAUGCUACUUCUUUGGGUACAUCCCAAUCUUGGGAAAACAAUGCUAAUAUUAUGAGAACAAGUAGUGUGUCCGAGCCAUCUUUAUCUACUGAUACAGAUACAGCAGAUGAUGCUGCACGAGAGAUUGCCCGCCGUGCCCAACAAUGUAAGUUUCACACUGAAUUUAGUCUGCCUCCAGAUAACAAAUCUAACAUGAUUAUUAUUCCUGUUAUUAUUCAAAACAUUAGAACAUACGCCAUCAUUGACACUGGUGCUACCUUCAGUAUGAUUUUUCCCUCCUUCGCUUCUUUCUUGGGUGACUCCGUUUCUAUCCAUCCUUCUUUGGGAACAGUACAAUUGGGACAUGUUGAUAAUGUUUGUAAUAGACAAGGAAAUGUUUUAAUAAAUUUAUUUUACAAUAACAAAACUUUUGCUCAUACAUUUGAAAUUUUUGAUUUCUAUAAAACUGAUAAUAACAAGCAUAUUCCAGCCUUAAUCGGUGUGGAUUUAUUUCAUCAAUUACGAAUUGGGUUAACAGGUUUAGCUUUAUCACAUUUUGAUUUACAAAAUAAUAAUCCCUUUCCUCCUUCGCCUGCUGAUCCUAUUUCUAAACCUAACAGUAGUCCUUACGGAGCUAAAGUUGAACGGGAUAGCAUGAUGAAAGUUCUUAAUCCGUUGCUGAUGACUAAUUCUAAAAUCGACAUGAAAAGUACAUACUGUAAUUUACCAGGAGCAGUUAUAAAUUUAAAUACAAAACCUGGUUGUAUUUCAUUCAAAAAACAAUAUCCAUUACCAUUUGCUUAUGAAGCUGCUGUUCGAAAGCAAAUUAGUACCAGGUUGAAUGAAGGUGUUAUUGACGUUUCCACGUCUCACACAGGUUUUAAUGCUCCAUUACUUGUUGUGGGUCGUAAAAAUUCUGAUGGAAUUUUUACAUUUGAUAAAAUCCGAUUAGUCACUGAUGUUCGCAAUCUUAGAGUGCAUCAGGACUUCAAUAUGCCAAAAAAAAAAUUUUAA